AUGUCGCUUGAAAUUCCGUUGAUGUCCACCGAUGAGGUGAUAGAGCUUGAUCCCGAAUCUUUACCGUGUGGUGAAGAAGUGCUUAGUAUAUUACAACAAGAGAGAUCCCAGCUAAAUGUCUGGAUUAAUGUCGCCCUUGCCUACUAUAAACAAAACAAGAUCGAUGAUUUCCUUAAAAUACUCGAGGCGUCCCGAGUGGAUGCAAAUAUUGACUACAGGGACUUCGAAAGGGAUCAAAUGCGAGCACUUGAUAUGUUGGCUGCAUAUUAUGUGCAAGAGGCAAACAAAGAAAAGUCUAAAGACAAGAAAAAGUUGCUUUUUACUGAAGCUACUUUGCUUUACACUAUGGCAGAUAAAAUUAUUAUGUACGAUCAGAAUCAUCUUCUUGGGCGAGCAUAUUUCUGUCUUCUUGAGGGUGAUAAAAUGGCGCAAGCAGACACACAGUUCAAUUUUGUCCUCAAUCAAGCACCCAACAAUGUGCCAUCACUGCUUGGAAAAGCCUGUAUUGCUUUUAACCGAAAGGACUAUAGAGGGGCUCUGGCAUUUUACAAAAAAGCUUUAAGAACAAAUCCUAACAGCCCAGCUGCUCUACGUUUGGGAAUGGGACAUUGUUUCAUGAAGUUGAAUAAUCAGGAAAAAGCUAGAAUGGCGUUUGAGAGAGCAUUGCAACUUGAUCCUCAAUGUGUUGGAGCUUUAGUCGGGCUAUCCAUCUUGAAAUUGAAUUUACAAGAGAGUGAAUCCAAUAAGAUGGCCGUCAUCAUGUUAUCUAAGGCAUAUGCAAUUGAUCCCAAAAACCCUAUGGUUUUAAAUCAUUUGGCAAACCAUUUCUUCUUUAAAAAGGAUUACAGUAAAGUUCAACAUCUGGCUCUGCAUGCAUAUCACAACACUGAGAAUGACGCAAUGAGGGCGGAAAGUUGUCACCAUUUGGCCAGAGCAUAUCAUGCGCAGGGUGAUUGUGUUAAAGCAUUCCAGUAUUAUUAUCAAGCUACACAGUUUGCUCCACCAAAUUUUGUACUACCACAUUAUGGUCUCGGACAAAUGUAUAUUUACAGAGGUGACACUGAAAAUGCAGCUCAAUGCUUCGAAAAAGUUCUUAAAGCUCAACCAGGCAAUUACGAAACUAUGAAGAUUCUAGGAUCUCUGUAUGCUAAUUCUCCUUCUCAAUUACAACGGGAUAUAGCAAGACAACAUCUGAAGAAAGUAACGGAACAAUUUCCAGAUGAUGUAGAGGCUUGGAUUGAAUUAGCACAAAUAUUGGAACAAAAUGAUUUACAGGGUUCACUUAAUGCAUAUUCCACUGCCAUGAAAAUCCUUAAAGAAAAGGUAAAUGCUGAGAUUCCAGCGGAAAUAUUAAACAAUGUUGCUGCAUUGCAUUACAGACUUGGUAACUUAAAUGAAGCUAUGAAAUAUUUGGAGGAAGCUUUGGAAAGAGAGAAAGUUGAAGCAGAGACUCUCGACGCUCAAUAUUACAAUUCAAUAUUAGUAACAACCAUGUACAACCUGGCCAGACUUAAUGAAGCACUCUGUGUAUACAACAAGGCUGAGAAGUUGUACAAAGAUAUAUUGAAGGAACAUCCUAAUUAUAUUGAUUGUUACUUGAGAUUGGGCUGUAUGGCAAGAGAUAAAGGGCAGAUAUACGAAGCAUCGGACUGGUUCAAAGAGGCCUUGAAGGUGAACAUCGAGCACCCGGACACGUGGUCGCUGUUGGGGAACCUGCACCUGGCGCAGCAGGAGUGGGGCCCGGGACAGAAGAAGUUUGAACGGAUACUACAGAACUCAAGCACGUCCAACGAUGCGUACUCGCUGAUUGCGCUCGGCAACGUGUGGCUUCAGACUCUACACCAGCCGGGUCGGGAGAAGGAUCGCGAGAAGAGACAUCAGGAACGAGCUCUGGCUUUAUAUAAACAGGUGUUGAAGAACGACCCCAAGAAUAUAUGGGCGGCCAACGGGAUAGGAUGCGUGCUAGCACAUAAAGGUUGCAUCAACGAAGCGCGUGACAUCUUCGCCCAGGUGCGGGAAGCGACAGCAGAUUUUCCAGACGUGUGGAUGAACAUUGCUCAUAUAUACGUGGAUCAGAAACAAUACAUUAAUGCUAUACAAAUGUACGAGAACUGCAUAAGAAAGUUCCGGACCCAUCACGACGUGGAGUGGCUGACGUGGCUCGGGCGCGCUCAGACUCUAGCGGGUAGAGCGCGCGCCGCUCGCACGUCUCUACUGAGAGCACGUCGAGUAGCGCCGCACGACCCCGCCUUACUCUACAACACCGCGCUCGCUCUACGACGACUGGCCGCGCACGUGCUGAAAGACGAACGAUCAGAACUCAGGGUCGUGCUGAGAGCGGUCCAUGAACUACAUGUGUCGCACAGAUACUUCCAACGCCUGUCCAACACCGACGGCACGCCCGCUGUGACGGACGGCGCGGCGACCACUGAGGCUCGAGAGACGACCGGCCCACUGGGCAGUGGAGCGGCGGCCGCGGCUGAAGCCAGGACAUGCGCUGACCUGCUCUCACAGGCGCAGUGGCAUGUGGCGAGAGCGAGACGGCAACACCAGGAGGAACUCACGCUCAGGGACAAGCAGCGGGAGCAGCGGGAGGCGUUCAGGAAACAACAGGAGGAAGAACGCAAGCGGAGGGAGGAGGAACAAGCGAAGAGCACAGUGGAAAUGUUACAGAAGCGACAAGAAUACAAGGAGAAGACAAAGAACGCUUUGUUAUUCGCGGAUAUGCCGUCUGAGAGUAAACAGAAAGGACGAGGUCGCAGAAGAGACGAGUAUAUAUCAGACUCGGGCAGCGAACAAGACAGGCCGAGAGAGGAAGGGGAACCGAAACAACGUAAGCGCAAGCGUGAUGCUGAAGGUCGUAAAGGUAAAACUAAGAAGAAGAAUCAACGAACCAGCGACACUGAUAGUGAUGCGCCGCGGAAUAAGAGCAGGAAGAAGGGUGAAAGGGGUAUCGGUAAACGCGAGAAAGCCAAAAUGGCGGAGGACAAGCUGGGAGCUAAACAGCGAGCUAAGAUCGUAUCAAAAGAAACUAUAUCGACCUCGGAAUCGGACUCCGAUGGUGGUAAGCGUAAGUCACGUAGCCGGAGUCGCGGAGGAAGUCGCAGCGGAAGCGGAAGUAGAAGUCCUCCCGCCAAUAAAGGGAGGAAAAGGAUCAUGUCGGCGUCAGACAGUGACAAAUCACGUUCAAAAAGUCGAUCGAAGUCUAGAAGUCGCUCGCGGUCCGGUUCAGCUAAAAGCCGACCAAAAUCCAAGAGUCGGUCGAGGUCUAAAGACGGAUCCAGAUCGAAGAGCCGAUCCCGAUCAAAAAGUAGAUCUCGCUCGAAAAGUAGAUCUCGCUCGAAAAGCCCUUCCAGGUCCAAGAGUCGCUCUAGGUCCAAAAGUGGAUCUAGAUCUAAAAGCCCAUCGAGAUCGCGUUCAAGAUCCAAAAGCCGUUCCAGGUCAAAGUCGAAGAGUGUAUCGCGUUCCAGGUCAAGAUCCAAAAGUGGAUCGCGCAGUCGUUCCGGAUCGAGAUCUCACUCUGGAUCUAGGUCUAGAUCCGGAUCUAGAAACUCUAGACCAGCGACACCUGAGUCUAGAAAAUCUGUCUCAGCUAGUGAAGAUGAAGCUUAG